AUGAACAAAUGUGAUUGUGAAAAUCAAAAUUGUAAUCAUAAAAAUGUUUAUGUACAACCACCAAGAGUUAAAUCUUAUGCAAAACAUGGAACUUAUAUUCGUUCAGAUAUUCCUAUGCAGUAUAAAACCGAACAAAAAUUAUCUUAUAAAAGCUAUCCUAUUAAUGAUUUUAUAAAGAUUAAUUCAUCUUCAAAAAGUAACUGCUUUGGAGAUAAUUUAAAGUAUGGUUUUCAAUAUCCAUCAGAGACUAUUCAACAAUCCAGUUACAAAAAAUGGAGAGUUUCAGAUGAGUUGAAUAUUAAAAAACCAAAAGACUGUCGUGAUUUAAUUGGACAUGGUCUUAUUAGCUUAAAUACUACUCAAAAAUUUGACUUUCAAAGAAAAAACAUUACUCCACAAAGUAAACACUAUGAACAACCRUGUAGUGUUUUUAAGUUAAAUAUUCCAACUGAAAUUCAAUCCACAAUUUAUCAAACAUCUUAUAAGGAUUCUAAAUUAGAAAGAAGGAAUGCUGAAAUUUUCAAACCUAAAAGUACUUACAUUAGCCCAACAAAAAAAAUGGAAACCAUGACAACAAAUAAUAUAAAUUAUAAAAAUUGGAUCAGAAAUCCAAAUAAUUCAAAUAUAAAGACCAGUGAUAAUUGUCAAACAAAAAAACCAAUAAAUCAUCAAACUUCAUACAAUUAUUAUUACACUGAGCCAGGAACAUAUACUAAAGAAGUCACAUUUUCAUCAAAUGAUGAUUUAUGUAUCAACGAGUGUUGCGAUUAAAAAUGGAUUAAUAAAUGUGACUUUGUGAAUUUCAUUUUAAUAAUUGAUAAGGGGCAAGGGCCAAAAGUAUAGAAUAGGUAAAUAUAUAGAGGUUCUAAUAAGAUUUAAUUAUAUAGCACUGAUAAAACUAGACUGAAGCUUGUUAGAAAAUUCAUGAGUUAAGUUCAUUAAAUGGUCAUCAAUAUAAACCAUGUUGCCUUGAUCAUUAAUCCUCUUGAAAUCUGAUGAUGCCUGCCUAAAAUAACCGUAACACUGGCAUUUGUUGUCUCCAUCUUAUAUGUGCGUUAACAUAGCAAAUUUACGUUCAGUAGCUUUGUUAGUUUAAAAAUUAGAGCCAAUCGAGCUAUUAUGAAACAUGAU